GGCGGGCGCGCAGUUCAGCCCAUUGACCCCGCGUCAGAGGGAGCUCAGAGAGAUCCAGCAAGUCGAGAUGCUCCGCCGUAAGUUAGAGCAGGACCUGAAAGCAGCUACCGAUAGAGAAAAUGCGAUGAAAACUACAGCAGCCAGGCUUGAAACUUUAGAGGCCGACAAGGCUGAAUUAGAGGGCUUGGAUGAGUCAACAUUGACUGACCCGCUGAAAGUAUUGAAGAAGAAUAUGCUGUCAUUGCACGCACACGUGGACAACAAAUUAGACUUCAUGCAGAGCACUCUAGACCAGAUCCUGGAUGCAUUGACAAAGCCAGGAUUCCGUCCACCAGCACAAUCGUCGUUGCCGUUAUCGGCGAUGUCAGGCCCCUUUCCAGUUCAAGUUGGUACACAACCAAGUGGUACGUCUGCAGCAGUCUCACAGACUGUUGCAUCUUCUUCUUCGGGUCCAGCGGUGGGAGCUACACCACCGCAACAACCUGUUCAACAAUCUGGACAGCCGCAGGGUCAAUGGUAUCCUAAGACCCCAAUGAAACCACCUCUUGCCUUCUCAGGCGAGGGAAAGGGCGAAGAACUCGACACUUGGUUGAGAACAGUCCCGGUUUGGGUGAAGGCCAAGAGAACCUUGCUAGAGGACGAAGUGGUAACUGCGGCAUCUUACCUGGAGGGUAAGGCAGCCAAGUGGUUAGAUGGUGUAGUUAUAAAGGCCGGGUAUGGGAGAUGCAUGGCGGACUGGGCUAAGUCUCUGACGUUAGACCACUUCAUGGAAAUGGUAGAAGCUCGAUGGCAUAACCCACAGGAGGCUCAAAAGGCCAUUGAUGCCAUUUACAAACUAGACCAACGCAAGUUUAGGUCAGUUAGAGAGCUUACGACUACCGUUGAGAGCCUGAUCCUCGUCCCAGGCAUCAACUACAACGAUCAGUUCCUAUUGACUACUUUUGUCAGAUGUCUCCCAGAGAACAUUAGGAACUUGCUAGCCAGCGAGGCACGCACUGAGUACCACUCGUUUGAGACACUGUCUAGGAAAGCCUUAGACUUGGAGGCCACGCUAGGCAAUGCUCAACCCACCUCAGGGAAUGACUCAAAGAAGAAGAAGAGUCCUCAGGAGUGGAAGAAGAAGGGGGCGAAGUUGAUGAUGGUUGAGUCUGAUGGGACUCAAACUGAGAUCGAUGAGCUCUCUGACCUGAUGGACUCCUCAGAGUAUGACGGCGAGGAGGUAGCUGAGGGUAGCACCCUCGCCACGGUAGUUAAGACUAAGGCGGCAGGCCGAGGGAAGGGCCAGCCUAGGGGUCAAGGGAAGACCGCCUCCAAUCAGACUAAGCAUGGGAAUCAUCCCGAAGCCAACGGCCAAGCCGAACAGAUGAAUAGAGUUGUACAACACUUGCUGAGGCAUUACAUCAAGCCCAACCAAGAUGAUUGGGAUGAGCAGUUGCCACUCAUCGCCAGUUUGUACAACAAUGCUGUGCACAACAGCACCGGCGUGAGCCCUAACCAGCUACACUUGGGAUGGAAGCCUAGAUCCGCGUUAGGCACACUGGAGUAUGGUGUGCAGUAUGAGAAGUUGCUGCAAGAAGCUGUCGAGCACAUGAAGAAAGCUCAACAAGCAAUGAUUGCUUUUGAGAAUCAACACCGUAGACAGUCCACAUUUCAGGUAGGGGAACGUGUCUGGGUCAAGGCUAGCGAGCUAGGACAAGAAUUCGGAGUCUCUCGCAAACUAAUGCCUCAAUACUUUGGUCCCUGGGAAGUCCUAGAUAUAGUGGGAGAUGAGAUGGAUGGUCCCACUUAUGUCAUUCGUGUCCCUGGACACCUACGCACUCACCCAGUCUUUCAUGCCUCAAAGCUUGCACCUUUCCCUGAGACUGAUCAAUUCCCUUCCAGGAGAUUGAUACUGCCCCCAACCAUGGAUGGACAAGUCGACAUCGACGACAUUGUGGAUCACCGGGACAUGCCUGUUGCAAAGCCGCUGGGUCGAGGAAGACCUCCUAAACCCAGGAGGGAGUACCGGAUCAGAUUCAGGCAUCAUACGGAUCCAAAAGAAGAUCGGUGGUUUACCCAGGAGGAACUGAUGGAAACAGCUCCUCAGGUGGUGGCAGAUUAUGAACGGAAGCUAAAAGGGAAGGCACCUGCGAAGUAAGCAUCUCAGCGGACUUUCGAAGCUAAGGGGGAUGGAAUGUGAGGAUUGAGCCCUCAAGUAGGGGCCUUGCCAUGAUGUACAUGUUCUGGGCUAAGGCCCCAGCAAGCCUCGUGCCCGCCCUAAGUGAAGGCGGGCCAGCAAAUCAACAAGAGCCCUCUGU